AUGUCCAACUUGAAUUUCGAUUGUUUAGUAAGAAUCUUUGAAAAUUUAGAAGGAGAUUACAGAUCAUUAUAUUCUUGUGCUGUAGUUAAUAAACUUUGGUGUCAAUGCGCUAUACCAGAACUGUGGAAAAAUCCAUGGCAAAUUGAAUCAUACGUACUAUGCGCAAUUCUUAAGAUUUACCUUUCAAAAUUUCCACGAAAAUCCAAGGAAUUAUUAUUAAAAAAUGAUUUAAAAAUAUUUAAUGUACAUGAUUCACCAACCUUCAAUUAUAUAUCAUUCUUAAGAAUUCUAAAAAUCUCUUGUUUGGAAAAAUCAAUUCAAUUGUUGCUUAAGAGAGAAAGAAUAUCGGCAGAUCAUCUACCAUUAUUAUUGCGAGAAUUUGUCAAAGAGAUAUUUACGAAAUCACGUUGCAUAUACGUUUUACACGUGAAUUCAACUUAUCAGGCUAGUGAGAUCCUGAUACAUGCAAUGGAAACGAUUCCUGAAGCAAAAACAUGCCUUUCAACGGUAUCAGAUUUUAAAUGUGCCAAAUCAGGAUCAGGUGGGGAAAGAUUAUAUCCGAUAUUAUCAACCAUCCUUCAUAACAUCAAAAGAUUAUACAUUGAAAAUGCGAAAAUUACAAAAGAUUUAGCAAUGUUAAUCAAUUCUCAAAGGAAACUUCAAAUAAUUAACAUUAAACAAUAUCAUGAAAGGAAGCCGAAUUCCGACGAAAAUCAAGUGUGUUCUCUACACGUAAAAAAUUCUUCUUCGGUAACUCAAUUAGAGUAUGAAGCCUACUGUUUUUCCAUGCAAUUAUUACCAAAAUUUGAAAAUUUAAAGAAAUUGAUGGUGAAAUUUGAGGGUAUAGAGUUCACAAGAGAUGAAUACGAACCUUUAUUUAUGACUUCCUUCAAAAAAUUAGAAAUAUUUUCUUGGAUAUGUAGUCACAAAAUCUAUCUAGAUAUUUUUGCGAGAUUUGUUCUCUUGAACGGGCAAAACCUUCGUCAUAUUACGCUCAGAGCAAGAAAUGAUGGAAAUUCGAGAUUACUUUUAGGUUCAAUUACGAUUACAUGUUUCAAUUUACAAUCUUAUGAUGGCCCUAUAGCGAGAGAUAGUGUGAAGGAAUUUUCCAAAUUGUUAGAAACUUGCAAACAAUUGAAAUCUUUACGACUUUAUCCUACAAAAUUAUUAAUUAAGACUUCAAGUAUUGAUGAUUUAUUAGACGUGAUAACAAAAAUCUCCCCAACAUCCUUGAUGGAACUGAGACUGAUGGAUUCGUGGAAAAUGUCUUUGAAACCUUUUGAAGAUUUUUUGAAAAGUAGAGAGAUGAUUGAGAAACCUAUCAAAUUUCAUUACAACCCCGGUAUUAUGAACUCGCAUGAUUUCCAUCAAGUUUGUACAAAGUAUCAAAGGAAAAAAAUCCUUGAUUUUAAUAUGGGUGGAUCUUAUUUUGAUUAG